AGAUGACGAAGCUGCUGGAGUGGAUCUCAGUGCUAUCAGCAUUCUUCGCUGUAUGGUACUCCUUGGUUGGCGGCUACGUCAAGCACCCAAUGAUUGAGAAAAACAUGAUGUUGAUACUUGUGUCCCCAAUCAUAUUUGUGAUACUUUUUGGACUGUACGCAGUUACUGUGAUACUGUAUCGAGUAUUUACGUUUAAUAACUGCGAGGAAGCCGCCAAAGAAUUGCAGGAAGAAAUAAAAGAGGCUAGACGAGAUCUUCUAGACAAGGGGCUGAAGUGGUGAAUAAGUUCAUUCCAGUUAAGUUAUAUUUAAGUAUACCGUUUUAUACUAAUUAUAUUUUGUUAACUUGA